AUGGAAGAAUCGGCAUCAACGAUUGACGCCACAAUAAAUUUUCAACUUAGUAGACAAGAGCCACAUUAUAUCGACCCUGAAGACCUCAAACUCGUACCAGUACAUGAUCUCGAGGAAUAUAACGAGGCUAAUUGGUGUGGAAGUGUCAAUACUAUGAAUACUGGAGAAGAUUGGGCUCUUAUGCAACGCUGCACCAAUGAAGAAGUUGCUAUUCGUCGAUUGAUGGCCACCUUCAAUGACGAAGGCCAUGAAUUUGUUGUGUCAAUCCCUGUCCUUAAAAAUGCAUCUACAACCCGCGAAGGCACCUACCGAUGUAUCAAAGAUUCAUGUCCAAAAGGUCCAUUGGCACUUGCGACUCCUACCUCCGCAGCAACAAUUUUAAACGGCGCAGUUACUGCAUCGCCCAUUCGCGAUAUUUUCGGACAGCCGACUGCAAAAGAGAGUGGUAGUGGUCUCCAAAAACCGACUGAGACUGCAUCACAGACUAGCGACCAUCUCCAGGCGCAGAUUACACCACAAAUUGGAAGCGUCACAAAAUCGACAACUCUUAUGACUAUUACGCGUGCUUCGAACCUAGAAGAUUUUUCUCCAAAAUCUCCAAUCGAAAACGAAGUUAUCCACGCACCAACCAAACAGCUUCCAGAGCCUGAAGACCUACCAGCUGGUCGUUGGCUCGCCAAGAGAAAAGAAGAUCCCUACAUCACCGUUCCAAGACCCGAGUGCGUUCCUCCACCAGAUGAUUUCACCUUGUCGGGGAAGAUCAGAACCGUCAGCCGCAAUCCACGCAAGACUAGGUAUACCACUUAUGAAUACUGGGGUUAUACUUCGACUGCGAUUAUCCCUCCUGAUCCUAACCGCCCGCCACCACUGCCAUCUAUUAUAUAUCCAACUUGGGUAACAAAUUCAUUUUCCAAACAUGGUCUUGCCGCAAAGUUUGGAUGGAUUAUUUCAACAUGGAUUAUUUUCGGAAGAGGGAUAUUGUAG